GAGAUACACACAUAUCUAGACUCCUGGAGACGAUGCGACAUUCAGACUGAUUUGGGAAACGGAAAAAAUGAAAACUGAUUGUUGACUGAACCAAGACUAAGGUAGAAAAAUCUCAACCCAAACAAAAAUGUUAACACUUCCUUUUGAUGAUUCCGUUGUAAUGGCAGAACCUCCUAUAUGCAGAAAAUUUUCUCGGGAAAGUGAGGAGGCAAAACAAGUAAAGAAACUGGAAAGCUGUGCCAAACAGCUAGUAUCCCAUGGGAAACAUAUCAAGAGAUCACCUGAAGAGGAAACAGAGCAAGAAGAAGAAGAUGAGGACAGGGAGGAGGAAGAUGAGAAUGGAUUGCCAAGAAGGCGAGGACCAAGGAAAAAAAAGAUGACUAAAGUCAGAAUUGAGAGAAUUAAAGUAAGGAGGGUAGAAGCUAAUGCGAGAGAGAGGGGUAGGAUGCAUGGGCUCAAUGAUGCACUGGACAAUUUAAGGAAAGUUGUACCUUGCUAUUCUAAGACACAAAAACUGUCAAAAAUAGAAACCUUAAGAUUAGCAAAAAAUUACAUUUGGGCUCUUUCUGAAAUCCUUCGGAUUGGGAAAAGACCUGAUCUACUUACCUUUGUGCAAAGCUUAUGCAAAGGUUUGUCCCAGCCAACCACAAACUUGGUGGCAGGAUGCCUACAGCUUAAUGCCAGAAGUUUUCUUAUGAGUCAAAGCGGGGACACUAUGCAUCACACAAGAUCCCCAUAUACCUCUGUUUACCCACCUUAUCACAGUCCUGAGCUUAGUACCCCUCCAAGUCACGGGACCCUUGAUAACUCCAAAACCAUGAAACCAUACAGUUACUGUAGUGCUUAUGAAUCGUUUUAUGAAAGCACAUCUCCUGAAUGCACAAGCCCACAGUUUGAAGGUCCCUUAAGCCCUCCCUCUAUGAACUAUAAUGGGAUAUUUUCCCUGAAGCAAGAAGAGGCCUUGGACUAUGGGAAAAAUUACAAUUAUGGCAUGCAUUACUGUGCAAUGGCAGGCAGGGGUCCCCUCGGGCAGAGCUCUAUGUUCAGGUUGCCCACAGACAGCCACUUCCCUUAUGACUUCCAUCUGCGCAGCCAGUCUCUCGCCAUGCAAGAUGAAUUAAAUGCAGUUUUUCAUAAUUAAUGAGGAAAAUGAAUAUAAACAGUGGUCAUUCACCUCCCUCCCCUAUCUAAUUAAGAUAAAGCAGAUGCUUGUUCACACAGUAAUUGACACGGCUCGAUUAAGGUAUCACUGCGAUCUUGAAAGUGUGUUUUAAAAUUCUGUGUUUUUUUUUAAUUUCUUGUUUUAUGAAAGCAAGAUAUUUGCCAUAUUUUCACAAAUUAUUUAAGUUGGUUAAGAGUGUGAUUUGUUCUUGUUCUAAAGUAUUUUGUUGAAAUAUCUGUCGAAAUUACGUGGCUAAAUAAAAUUGUUCAUUAUACAAA